AUGGAGGUGCGACGUCAAGGAUGGAGGUGCGACGCCGACGAUGGAGGUGCGAUGUCGAUGAUAGAGAUGCGACGCCUACGAGGUUUUUGCUACGCCGACGAGGUUUCUGCUACCCUGACGAUGGAGGUGCGACGUCGACGAGGUUUGUGCAGUGUGAGAAUGGGUUUGAUUGAAGCAGUGGAGGUUGUAGUGGUUCAAAUCAAUGGUGACUUGUCUAGGGUUCCAAUGGGUUAA